CCUGUAAUUACACCCUACACUUAUUUCUCUUUAUCCUUUUCCAUUUUCUCUUGUUUUACUUUUUUUAGUUUGCAGUUAUGCUGCACUGAUGACAUUGUAAAUUGAUAAGCUUUGCUCCCACAAGGGGCCACCGCCCCAACUUAUAGAACUAUUUGAAAAUCAAGCACAAGCACCAGCACGGUCCUUGUUAGAGUUACAAUGGCUACACUGUUAUCUGACCUUGUGUCUGGUGCAACCCAUGUUCCCUCUAACUAUGUCCGACCGGCACACGAUCGUCCGAAUCUCGACCAGGUCCAGUCCUCCGAUCACUCCAUUCCUCUCAUCAAUCUCCAAGGCCUUGAGGAUUCUAGGCGCUCGGACAUAAUCAAACAGAUAGGCCUUGCCUGCCAAGAUUACGGUUUCUUUCAGGUCCAAAACCAUGGAAUUGAAGAGGCCGUGAUCGAUAACAUGCUGAGUGUAUCAAAGGAGUUUUUCCAUUUGCCAGAAAGUGAGAGGUUAAAGAGUUUCUCCGAUGAUCCACUUAAAACCACGAGGCUGUCGACGAGUUUCAAUGUCAAAACCGAGGAGGUCUCCAGCUGGAGAGACUACUUAAGGCUCCACUGCUACCCUUUAGAGGACUACAUGCAUGAAUGGCCGUCCAACCCUCCAUCUUUCAGAGAAGAUGUGGCUGAGUAUUGCAGGAAUGUGAGAGGAUUAGCAGUGAGACUGCUCGAAUCCAUAUCAGAAAGCUUAGGGUUAGAAGGGGAUUACAUGAACAAGGCACUGGGGAAGCAUGGACAGCACAUGGCAAUCAAUUACUAUCCGACUUGUCCUCAGCCAGAGCUCACCUAUGGCCUACCUGGUCAUGCUGAUCCUAAUGUCAUCACUGUUCUCCUUCAAGAUGACGUGGCAGGCUUGCAGGUUCUCAACAAUGGCAAAUGGGUGGCUGUCAAACCCAUCCCACAUACUUUCAUUGUCAACAUUGCUGAUCAAAUCCAGGUUCUUAGCAAUGAUCGUUACAAGAGUGUACUCCAUCGGGCGGUGGUGAAUUGCAACAAAGAAAGGAUCUCCAUCCCGACAUUCUAUUGCCCAUCGUACGAUGCUGUGAUGGAGCCAGCCCCACAACUGAUUGAUGAUCAUCAUCCUCCCCUCUACAGGAGCUUCACUUAUGCUGAGUUCUAUGAAAAAUUCUGGGACCGUGGCCUUAACACUCGAUCCUCUUUGGACUUGUUUAAGACCACUUCUCAUUCUGCUUAAUGAUUUCAUCUGUUACCCCUCAAUUUCUCGAUGCUGCAUGUUCAACAUUUCAGAGCUUCUAGUUAACAGUAACAAUAAAUCCAGUACUGUGUAGUGUUACUAUGUCCUUGUUAUCAAAUAUUUAAGAAAUAAGGGAUCAACUCAAGUGAUCAACUUCCCAUAGUAUA